AUGAAACUAUUUGCCUUUGGGUCCAAUGGAUCUGGCCAACUGGGCAUUGGUAGCACAGAAGACGUCUCAAUUCCAACAGAGUGUCUUUUCGAUACGCCACCAGAUUCAGCCGACAACGAUGAAAUAGUCCACAUAUCCGCUGGAGGAAACCACACUUUACUCCUCACGAAACGGGGGUAUGUAUAUGCAGCAGGUUGUAAUUAUGAUGGGCGAUGUGGCACACUUGAAUCAGAAUCAAAAACACCAGAAGAAAACAUUCUCCGCUUUCGACGCGUCGUUUUAUAUGACUCUACCACUGCUUCUCAAGUCUAUUCCUUUAAAUUCGUCUCUGCGACAUGGGAGGGCUCUAUUCUUGUUGCAUCUGUGCGGUAUAUUUCCAUAGAUUCUGCUGCUGAAGUCAUUGGGGAUAGAGUCUAUGUGUUGGGGUCGACACCAAAGGGUGAACUCGGUCUUGGAGAAAAAGUUCAUACUGCAGUGCCCGGAACAUUUAUUCCAAAUUUUCCACCCACUGGCUCAAAGAUUACUGCACUGGCUAGUGGGAUGUGGCACGCUGUUGCUGUCCUUUCGACUGAAAAUGUUUGUGGCUGGGGCGCAUCACGCAAGGGUCAACUAGGCGAGAGUCUUAAAGCACAGAAAAUAGCUUGGAAGCCGUCACCUGUUGAGGGCGUGCCUUUCCGUACAACCGGAGCCUUGUGCGGUCGUGAAUUUACAGUCUUCCUAGGGCGUCGAGACAGAGGCGAGCUCAAGGUUUUUGGAGAUAGUAAUAAUCGAUGGGGUGUACUGGAUGUUCCAAGUUCUUUACGUCUCAAUGACUCUUCUGCAGUUUCGCAUAUUGAUGUUGGAGCUAGUUGGAGUGGUGUCUAUGUAUGUGUUGCUCCAGUGGAGACUUCGAAUAGCUCCUCUGCUGUUCCACCCGCGGGAACCCUGGUAGCCUGGGGCCGCAAUGAUCGCGGCCAACUUCCGCCAUCAGAUCUUCCUCCUCUGACUCACUUGGCUGUCGGUAGUGAGCACGUUGUUGCGUUAUUACAGGAUGGUUCAGUGGCGGUGUUUGGGUGGGGCGAGCAUGGGAAUUGUGGGUUGGACACAGACCCGCACGGGAAUGUGGCAGGCUCAUAUAACUUGAUUCCAUUGUCAGGUGAUAUUAUCGCUGCUGGUGAAAAGGUCGUUAGAGUUGGAGCUGGGUGUGCAACAAGUUGGUUGAUUAUGAGCUGA